AUGUCUGCAUCGGCCUUUCCACCCCACAGAUCAAUCCCUUCGAUCCCUGUCAACCAAACAAUUGCUCUCAAAUACCUUCAAGAUUAUCUCUCUCUCACAUCCAGCACACCAUAUCUUCUCCCAAACGCCAAACUCGAGCCUACGGGUCCUACUAUCGGGAGCAGUCACUCCAGCGUUACGAUCCACAAUCUUCAACGUGUUGAAGCUGGUCUGCGCGGAGAAUGGGUUGCGCCAACAUUAGAAAUGGAGGAGGAAAAUCCAGUCGAGAUUGCGCAGGGUUUGGAAGAUGCAAGCGGGGGCGACAAGAUGGAUGUAGAUGGGUGGCAGGAUAAGGAAGAAUUUGAGAGGGAGCAGAGUAUCGAGGAGGGAGAUGUUGGAGCUAGGGCCCAAAAGGUGAACAACGCGGAGGUUGAUAGUGAUCUUGAGAUUGAGCCAAGUGCAAAGGUAGCUCCAAGUUCGAAUCCACCCAAAGCAUGGAUUAGGAAGGAAAAAGCAGAACGAAAAGCCGAAAAGAAGGCAAGACGCAAGGCAGAGCUGAAGGCGAAGGAAGCGAAGAAACAAUCCACAGCAUAA